AUAGUUACGAUAGGUCAACGUGCCCUCCACACGUGUGCUUGCUAUAAUACUGAAGUAGUGAAGGGGGAAUAGGGUUCUAGAGAUUUCUGUUUGUAUUUAUUUUGUUUUUAGAGUUAGCUAUUUUGUACAGCCAUGCUUAAAUCUGUUGUCCGUGCGGUUGGAGCUUCUGUCCGCCUUUCUAACGCUAGCACUUCCACAGUACGAGCUGCGCCUCUCCGCUACCCGGUGUUGUGUGCCCCCAACUCGGCUACAGCUCGGCCCUUUACCCGGUCCAUGUGGAUGCUCAGUAACAGCGGCGCUUCCUCUGGUUAUAGGCCGAAACUGUUUAGCUCAAAAAUACUGACUCCUUCAGUUUCGUGUGGAUGUGGAGGACUGCACACAGAAGGAGACAAAGCUCUUGGUGACUUCCUUACUGAUGAAAUCAAAGAGGAGAAGAAGAUCCAAAAGUCUAAGUCCCUUCCAAAGAUGUCUGGAGGAUGGGAGCUGGAGAUGAACGGCACAGAAGCUAAACUCAUCCGAUUUGUUUCUGGGGACAAAGUUACAGUCACAUUCAAUGUCAAUAACAGCAUCCCCCCAAACUUUGGAGAAGAAGCAGAACAGGGCCAGCAGAAACCAGCUGAAGAAGAGCCAGAAAUUGUUUCAACGCCAAACUUUGUUGUUGAAGUUACCAAACAGGGUGCCAAACACUCACUGGUGUUUGACUGCAAUUUCCCAGAAGAUGAGAUAAGUCAUGGUGAGGGAGAAGAGGAGAGUGAUAUAUUUGCCAUUCGUGAGGUCAGUUUUCAGCCUGAAGGGGACGAAGACUGGAAGGAAACCAGUUACACACUUAACACAGACUCUCUGGACUGGGCUCUUUAUGACCACCUAAUGGACUUCCUUGCUGACCGCGGAGUUGACAACACAUUUGCAGAUGAACUGAUGGAGCUGAGCACCGCCAUUGAGCACCAAGAGUACAUCAAGUUUCUAGAGGAUCUACAGAGCUUUGUUAAAUGCAACUAAUGUAUUAAAAGUGUAAAGCCAAAUUUUGUUUUCAACCUGGCUAGUUAAUGUCCAAAGUUGCACUGUAAAAUAGCUGCAGCACUUAAUACACAGGCUGAAUACUGAAUUUGUCAGUACUUCAGAUUGACCAUGUUAAAUAAGGUAGGAUACAAAAGGAUUUAUUUAUAGAAAAAAUAUUACGGUUAUGUUCAAAUGUUGCACAUAAUGUAAACCUGUUUCAGUGAUGUCUUAAACAUGGCUGUAAACCACCAAUAUUCUUGUGGAUCAGUGCAGAAUACAUAGCCCCCAACAUUGACAAAAGUGUCAUUACAACAUAUCAUUACUAGGGUAAGUGGAUCAAGAUGUGUAAUUUACAGUUAAUGUAUUGUACAAUAAAACUUAAAUAUUUGUUAA